AUGGUGUUUGAUUUUCUUGUUCAACAUCCUAGUGGAUCAUUUUUUGAACUCACUGAAGAUGAAUGGAAACAAGCUACUGCGCAAUAUCGGUCAUUAAGUGUCGAUGGUGAUGUUAAUUAUCUUAAUCGAAGAGCAACAGCCAAAUUUGCUAAAGGUAUUGGUCAUCGGUGUCCAGUCGAACAAAUCGAAUAUGUCAAUGAAAAUGGUGUAACAAAAGUUAUUGAUUGUUAUUUUAAACAGGAAGAAUACAAAGAUCAGUCAAAAGGUUUAGUUGAACUAGCUAAAGAAUUACGUGUACAAUUACCACCUAAGGCUUAA